AUGUUACAUUUGGGAGGUCCACAGCUUCAAAAAGUUUUCAGAAGUCUGGAAGGGACGGAAAAUUUUCCAUCGGUGCUGCUCCAGAUACCGUGGUACGACGUCGCAAUAGAGCGACUAGAUGCCUAUUUUAAGCCACGUCGUCAAGACGUGCUUGAACGAUAUAAGUUACGCAAUAUGAAGCAAGGUAGCAACGAACGAUUUGCUCAUUUCGUUCUACGUCUGCGGCAGCAACUCCAGGACUGUGGACUGGAUAAGUAUCCACAAGACGUUAAACACAGCGUAGAAGAAAUGAUGUUAAUCGAUGUGAUCCUAGAAGGUUGUACUUCUGCCGAACUUCGUCGAAAGAUAUUAGAAAAAGAUCAACCUCUGUCUGACAUCGAAGCGCUGGGUGAAUCCUUGGAAAGUGUUAGAGCACAGGAGUUGGAAAUGAGCAGCAAGUAUUCUCACGGUGAUUCCGGAGAACUCGAAGUACGGAAAAUUAAUAAAUUUGCAAGCAACAGAACUGAGCGUAAGCAGGAGCGGAUCGUAAAGCGGUUUGGAAAUAAUUUCUCUCCAAAAGGAACUAAGCGAGACCAAAGGGUAGUAUGUUAUUCGUGUGGUAAGAGCGGGCAUAUUUCUAAGGAUCCCGGUUGUCCUGCGAAAGGAAAAAAAUGCAAUAGGUGCCAAGUUAUUGGUCAUUUCGAGAAAACAUGCCGCAAACGACCAUCGAAGUUUACGGAGCAUGUUACGUCGAAACAAGUCCAAGAAAUAACCCACGAACCGCCCACGUUUGCAACUGAGAACGAGCCAUCCGAAAACAACAACGAGCAGAAGGUGUACUAUACUUUUCAUACUGGAAAUCUGACGAACCUUGUCGAGUGUAAAAUAGGAGGAAUCACAACCGAAAUGCUGAUUGAUUCUGGAUCUGACGCUAAUCUGAUUACCGUUGGAACUUGGGAAAUGAUGAAAUCCAGAGGUAUUACAGUCCAGAGGUGUAACAAAGGAAGUGACAAGGUCCUGAGGGCGUAUGGUAGUGAUUCGCCGCUAGAAAUAUUGGGAUCAUUCAUAGCGAUGAUCGAUUUAGCGAAGCGGUCAGUUAGUGCGGAGUUUUUCGUUGUCGAGAAAGGUCAGCGUAAUAUACUGGGUGAUGCGACAUCCAAGCAACUCGGCGUGUUGAAGAUCGGAAUUGAUGCAAAUGAGGUUCACGAGGAACCGGUGGCAGCAUCGGCGUUUCCUAAGAUUAAGGGAAUGCAAAUCCAUAUCCAAAUGGAUCCCACUAUUGUUCCCGUUUUCCAACCGCUAAGACGAAUUCCGAUUCCGUUAGAGAAUGCAGUUAACAAGAAACUGGAUGAGCUUCUUGAAAGAGAUAUCAUAGAACCGAAGAAGGGCCCAGCAACAUGGGUCUCUCCGCUGGUAGUGGCGAGGAAGUCCAAUGGCGAGAUUCGGUUGUGUGUGGAUCUUCGUCGCGUAAAUCGGGCUGUAAUUAGAGAACGCCAUCCCAUGCCAGUUAUCGAGGACGUUUUGGCAAAGAUCGGUAGAGGAAACAUAUGGAGCACGUUGGAUAUCAAGGACGCGUUUUUCUUGCUAGAACUGGACGAAGAAUCUAGAAGUGUCACAACCUUCAUUUCGCAUCGAGGACUGUACCAGUUCAAACGUCUUCCUUUUGGGUUAGUUUCGGCUCCGGAGAUAUUCCAGCGCACUAUGGAUGAAAUUUUGGCUGACUGCGAGGGUACCUAUUGGUAUUUAGACGACGUCGGUGUCGAGGGAAGCACUCUUGACGAACAUGACGAACGUCUGACAAAGGUACUAGACAAGUUAGAGGAAAAGGGUGUGGUCUUGAACAAACAUAAAUGUGUGUUCCGGACAACUGAGUUUGAUUUUUUAGGUUACCGGAUAAAUCGAGAAGGCAUCUUACCUUCAGCAGCAAAACAGAAUGCUAUUACUACGUUCCGACGGCCGAAAAACGAUAGCGAAGUCCGGAGUUUUCUUGGGCUUGCUAACUAUAUGGGUAAAUUUGUGCCUAACCUAUCAACCCUAGACGAACCUCUACGUAACCUCAUACGAAAAGGUUCAAGGUUCCAAUGGGGAGAAAGAGAAGAACAAGCUUUCAAUGAGAUCAAGGAAAGAAUUUCUAAGGCAAGUUGUCUAGGGCUCUUCAAACUAGAGGACGAAACAGCGGUCCUAGCUGACGCGAGUCCUCAUGCGCUUGGAGCAGUACUAAUUCAAACUAAUGCUAUGAAGGAAUCUAGAGCUAUCUGUUUUGCGUCAAAAUCUCUGACGGAUACUGAACGACGAUACUGCCAAACGGAAAAAGAGGCGCUCGCGCUGGUGUGGAGUGUUGAGAGGUUCCAGACUUACCUGAUCGGCAGGGAGUUUAAUCUUCUUACGGACUGUAAAGCACUUACAUUUCUUUUUUCACCUACGUCACGGCCAUGUGCUCGAAUCGAACGCUGGGUACUACGCCUGCAAGGGUUUCAAUACAGGAUCGUGCACAUUUCGGGGAAGCUAAAUAUAGCGGACGUUAUCUCAAGACUUUCAACUAUUCCACCAAAAGCCUUUGAUGAAGGCGAGGAGUUGAUGGUUCGCGAGGUGAUUGAUUCAGCCAUUAGUGCUACUGCUCUUAAAUGGGAAGAUCUCGAAAAGGCCAGCCGUGAUGAUCCCAAAAUUCAACUAAUUUUUCAAGCUCUGGAUUCUGGACGUUCUGAUGAAGUACCAUUAGAGUACAGAAUGGUGUUCUCAGAGUUAUGUAGGUUAAACAACGUGUUGUUGAGAACUGACCGUAUAGUGGUACCUUUAAAUUUGCAACAGCGAGUCCUUCAACUUGCUCACGAAGGACACCCAGGAGCUCGAAUCAUGAAAGGGCAUCUUCGCGCCAACGUCUGGUGGCCAAAGAUGGAUCAACAUGUCGAAAAAUUUGUUAAAACAUGUCGCGGAUGUUUGUUGGUAUCUCUGCCAAAUCCGCCGGAACCAAUGGUACGGAAGGAGUUACCAACACGACCAUGGGAACAGAUAGCCAUUGACUUCCUAGGACCGCUUCCUGAAGGAGAAAAUCUUCUAGUGUGUGUGGAUUAUUUUAGCAGAUUUUUAGAAGUCGUGGUAAUGGAUGACACAUCAACGUCUGCUACUAUUACCGAACUGAUGAUUAUUUUCUCUCGAUAUGGAAUACCAGAGAGCCUGAAAGCCGACAAUGGUCCGCAGUUCACAUCCGAAGACUUUUUAGCUUUCUGUGAGGAGUAUGACAUCCGGUUGGUGCACUCGAUUCCUUAUUGGCCUCAGAUGAACGGGGAAGUUGAGCGUCAAAACCGCUCUAUCCUGAAGCGAUUGAGGAUAGCCCAGGAAUUGGACAAGGACUGGCGGAAAGAGUUGAGGCAGUAUCUUCUGAUGUAUCACGCAGCCAAUCAUACGACCACAGGGAAACCCCCAUCAGAGCUCAUGUUUGGGCGCCGCAUACGCACUAAAUUGCCAAGCAUUUCAAAGGCAUCAGAGCAAUACGACGUCGUUAGAGAACGGGACGCUAUUGAAAAAGAGAGAGGGAGGUUAUAUGCGGAUAAGAAACGCAGAGCUAAACCAAGUGGGUUGCAAGUGGGAGAUCGCGUUCUAGCGAAGCGUACCAGGAAGGGAAAUAAGUUGUGUGCCGACUUCUCACCUGAAACUUUCGAUGUUGUCCAGAGAAGCGGAGCUGAUGUUACCAUUCGUUCAACCAAGACAGGGAAGGAAUUCAGAAGAAACGCGGCACAUUUGAAAGCAAUUCCCCGCGAAGAAUCCAACGGAAAUGAUCCCAUUGAUGAUGCAACAUCGUCGGAGUCGGGUUUGGAGCUCGAUGGAGCUGAACCUACCGGAAACGCGAAAUCGUCGAAGCCGGGUUUGGCCCUCGCAAGUAACCGUCAUCAUGAAGAGGGGGAUAGAAAUCCAGAAGGAGCAUCAGGCGGAUUUCGGAGAGCAAGUACAUCUAAAAGAACAAAAGUAGAACCUAAGCAUUUCAAAGACUUUGUAACCUAUUGA